GACAAUGUCUCAGCAAGCCCUGGCCCUGACCACAGCCGCGGGGAACCCCGGCCCAGAAAGCAAGACCAAGGACUCCCUGCCUGCUGGUCCCACCCCUGCCCCGGGCCCCAGCCCUGCCCUGGCACCCCCAGCACUGCCAGCGACCGGCGCCAAGGUGGGGGACCUGCCUUCCAUGAGCUACCGGCUGGUGGCUUUCGAGCAGGAGAACUUCCAGGGCCGCAGGGUGGAGUUCUUGGGGGAGUGUCUGAACCUGGGAGACCGGGGCUUCGACCACGUGCGCAGUCUCAUUGUCACCGCCGGCCCCUGGGUGGGCUUCGAGCAGUCCAACUUCCAGGGGGAGCUGUUUGUGCUGGAGAAGGGUGAGUACCCUCGCUGGGACACGUGGUCCAGCAGCCAGCGCAGUGACCGGCUCAUGUCCCUGCGGCCCGUGAAGAUGGACACCCAGGAACACAAGAUCUGCCUGUUUGAAGGCGCCAACUUCAAGGGCAACACCAUGGAGAUCCAGGAGGAUGACGUGCCCAGCCUCUGGGCCCACGGCUUCUGUGACCGCGUGGGCAGCGUGAGGGUCAGCAGUGGCACCUGGGUGGGCUACCAGUACCCUGGCUACCGUGGAUACCAGUACCUCCUGGAGCCCGGAGACUUCCGACACUGGAACGAAUGGGGCGCCUUCCAGCCGCAGAUGCAGGCCGUGCGCCGUCUCCGGGACAGGCAGUGGCACCGCCAGGGCUGCUUCCCCGUGCCGGCCACCCAGGCCCCCAAGUGAGCCCGCCACCCCCUCCGGGCUGCCCACCAAGCUCUCUGCCCCCCCCCCCCCCCCG